UUAAAGCAGGUAAAAGACUCAUCCAAACUAGAUUUGAAGACUACAUUUUUUCACAGCAAGACAACUGUUUAAGCAUAUAUUCACCAUGACUGAAAAAGAUAUUGAAGUAACCUCUGCAUUUGUCUAUGAGGAAUACGCCAUUCCAUGUGAUAAAAUGGACAUCCAGAUACUUGGGCAAGUCUUUCUGCCUGUGUUGUAUGCCCUGGUGUUCACCAUUGGGCUGGUAGGAAAUUUUCUGGUGGUUCUUACCAUUCUGAAAGCCAGGCACCAAAAGAGCAUCACCGAUUUUUUUUUUCUGAAUUUGGCCAUCUCUGAUCUUCUUUUUGUGAUUUCUCUUCCUUUUUGGGCUUCUUAUAUCAUACAAGGCUGGACACUUGGGAACAUUUCAUGCCAAAUCGUUUCCUCUUUCUAUUCUGUGGGCUACUUUGGUGGCAUGUUUUUCAUCACCAUCAUAAGCAUUGACAGAUACCUGGCUAUUGUCCGGGCAACAUGUAUUAUGAAAGCCAGGACAGUUACCUAUGGAUAUCUUACUAGUGUUUCAAUAUGGAUCCUGGCAGUUUUGUUUGCAAGCCCCCACUUUAUAUUCAUCCAAAAGUCAGAGAGCAAAUGUACUUCAUUGUUUCCAGAACACCUUGAAAAAAUCUGGCCUGUUUUCAGCUACAUGGAAAUGAACAUCAUUGGAUUCCUUCUCCCAAUGUGCAUCAUGAGCUUCUGCUAUCUGCAGAUCAUCAGAACACUACUGUCUUGCAAAAAUCAUUGCAAACAAAAAGCUAUGAAAGUGAUUUUACUUGUGGUAAUUGUAUUUUUUCUCUUCUGGACUCCAUAUCACAUUUCACUUUUUCUGAAGGUAUUACAGUACUUUGACUUCUUUGAUGAUUGCAGUUCCUUAAGGCUUCUGGAUUAUACCAUGCAGGUGACUGAGCCACUAGCUUUCAGCCACUGUUGUCUUAAUCCAAUCAUUUAUGUUUUUGCUGGUGAAAAAUUCAGAAAGCAUCUUUCCCUCUUGGUUCUCAGAUGCAUUUCAUUCACUUGUGCCUGUGGACCUUGUAGCCAGUAUCGCAAUGCAGUGUCCACUCCUAUUUCAGAGGUUGCUGGGACAAGCAAUCAGACCCAGAACACCAGUGACCAAGUUGCAUCUCUCCUUUGACUGUUAACAGUUACAUGGUACUGAAUAUUUGGCAUACUGAAUGUUAAGCUAUUUUAUCCAACCUAAUUAAAUAACCAAUACA